AUGUCCAUGAACGUCGGCCUCUCCACCCCGCGUGGAAGCGGAACAUCCGGCUACGUCCAACGCAAUCUUUCUCUCCUCAAGCCUCGCGACAGAAGCUAUGGCGCCCCAUUCCAAUCAGACGCAAACGGCGACGACAGGCCGGCGUUUAAACAGCGGCAGCCCGACAAGCAAAUCCUAGAGCACGAUCGACGGAGGCAGAUCGAAGUCCAGGUUCUCGAGGAGCAGGACCGGUUGGAAGAAGAGAAUGAGAAGUUGGAAGAGCGCAUCGCGGACGACAAAAAGGAAGAUGGUGAGGAGAAAAAGUAUAAAUUGUCAGAAGAGGAGAUUGAACAGAGGCUUGAGGAGCUGCGCACGCGGUUGACCAAAGAGCUGGAAGAUGAGUUGGCGGGGAAAUCCCGGUCGGACCCGAGGGAUAGGGAUUAUCGUGGUGAGAAGAGGAAACAAGGUUCAUGA